AAGGCAUGGGGCAUUGUGGCUGUCUAAUCGAGCUGAUUCGAAUAAUGUUAAUCCUCACUCUUUGAAAUUCAAUCAUAAACCCUAGAUUCUCAUUCCCAAAUCUACCGAUUCUCGAUCCUUAAUCCUACUCUCCGACAAUUUUUCCUAGUUUCGCAGUGUGAUCAUUCGUUCAUCAACUUUCUCUGCUUUUCUCGCUGAAAUUUUCGACGUUUUUCUCGGGAAAAUAUGGGGAGUAGAAAGGAAGAGGAGCGAAAUGAGAAGAUUAUUAGAGGUCUUAUGAAGCUACCUCCUAAUCGCAAAUGCAUCAACUGUAAUAGCCUGGGUCCCCAGUAUGUCUGUACGAAUUUUUGGAGCUUCGUUUGUAUAGCGUGCAGCGGAAUACACCGAGAGUUUACUCAUCGAGUGAAGUCUGUAUCGAUGGCAAAAUUUACUUCUCAAGAAGUUGAAGCACUUCAAAAUGGUGGUAAUCAGCGAGCUAGAGAAAUAUAUUUGAAGGAUUGGGACAUUCAGAGGCACCGAUUUCCUGACAGCAGUAAUGUUGACAAAGUUCGGCAGUUCAUAAAAGAUGUGUAUGUUGAUAGAAAAUACGCAGGAGGAAAAACCACCGACAAGCCUCCAAGAGAUACACAGAAUCGUGGACUUCAUGAAGAUGAUACAAGACGUGCCAGUUCUUACCAUUCUUAUUCUCAAAGUCCUCCUUAUGAUCAUCAGUAUGAGGAUCGCCGGUAUGGAAAACAAGCAGCUGCGCUUACCAGGAAGCCUGGAUCAGACCGAGGCCGCUAUGAAGGGAAGAUGUCUAGCUUUAUCUACAGUCCUGGCCGCUUAAGUGAGCAAAUGUAUGAGGAUAGAUUUGCCAAUGAUGGCUCUAAUUCUCGAGUUUCAGACUAUUCUGUCUCCAGUGGAGGGGAUCCAUUCAGAUCAGGUACACAGUCCCCUAGUUUUAGAUCAGGUACGCAGUCCCCUAGUUAUCAGAAGGAUACUGGUUUCAGCAGUCCACCAUUCCAUUCUUCAAGGGAUGUUGUGAGUGAGGAUGUUAAGCGCCAAGCAGUAGAUUCUUUUCCGCAGAGAAGUAGAUCUUCUGGAAGUUUUGGAUCAAUUGAAGGCAACUUUGUGCCUCACAAGUCAUUUAGUUCCGGAGGUUUAACAGAUAUUGGCUCACACUUCGAACAAGCUGCUGGAGCAGUCCAAGACCAAUCAUCCUUUAAUGGAUCACCGGUUCUGGGAAGUUCUGGUAAUUUGGAUCUUUUCAAGUCCCCAUCUGUACCAGAAACAGUAUCUUCGUCAGCACAAAUUGACUUGUUUCAGUUACCAGAAGCACCAGCUCCUUUAUCAGUAGAUCUGUUUCAACCAUCAGUAGUAUCGUCAACUUCACCGCCACCCUCUUUGGACUUGUUUGCUGUUACGGAUCAGCUACAGUCUACAACAAUCUCCAAUGAAAAGAUACCAGAGUUUCCUGCCCCUAAAAAUGAAGGAUGGGCAACAUUUGAUACGCCUCAGUCCACAACUCCUAUUAACCUUGGAAUUAUACCCUCUAACAGUGGAGAGUCUCUAGGAAAGGUUGAUCUCUUUUCAUCCUUUGAUACAAGCAUGCAAUGGCCAUCAUUCCAAGAUUCUAGUUAUCACAGUUCUUUGAAUAUAUCUAGUCCAUGGAAUGAUAGUUUGCAGGGUGUAACAGCUCCCAAUCCCAAUAGCACAAACACUCAGCUAUGGAAUGCUUUUGAAGAUACUGUUGGACAGCAUCCUUUGGAGGGCUUUAAACAGGAUGGCGGACCACUAGUGGGGAUAGAUGGGCAUUCUUCAACUGCUAAUCAGGAUUUGGCAUUUACAGCUUCCGAGAACUCCAAUUUAGAAAGUAUCCAAAGGGCUGCUUCUCAUGGGGAACCUCCUGGUCCUGUUCCAUCUCUUGCAGUGGGGCCAUCAUAUACUCCUCCAAUGCUUCCUUUAACGGGAGAAACGCAGUCGCAUUCUACCGAUCGCAAAUCAAAUAACCCAUUUGAUCUUCCUUAUGAUUCAGAACCGGAAGAAAACAACAUGUUUCUGGACAUGAGCUCCUUACAAAUGCAAGGUGCUCUACCGGAUGCCCAGCUUCCUUCCAGUUACCUUGGUGGUUUAUCUGAACCAUGGUUUCCUCAAAAUUCAGCGACUCCUUAUAUUCCUGAUGCUGGACAAGGUGGUGUAACAUAUCUAUCCCCACAAGUUCCAAGCUCCCAAAUACACUUGUUCGGCAGGAAUGUACCAGCCCAGGGGCCUGUUGCGUCGUCGAUCGGAGGAAAUCCAUUCGCGUAGAAUUUAUUAUAGGAAAGAAUAGUUCUUUGAUCAUUUUUAGUUGAUAGAAGUUACUAGUUUUGUCUUCCUUUUUCAGUUUAUAAUUUGUUGAUUUCUCUGCAUUUCCUUGAGAAUGAAAAUAUUAUGGUUUUUGUGUCUGUAUUUUUUGUAGAAUAAAGUUUGCUGUGUAUAACAUUCAGACCAUCGGUAAGGCCAUAAUUUUUUUUUCCCUA